UGGUCACACCGUUUACUACUUGUCGUGGAAAGCUUUAAAAAGCAAGAAACUGGGUAUUCCCACGCUAUAACAAUAUUUCAUCAUGUCAGACUCGGAUGACGAUUGGUUUACAAAGGACCCGGAGAAAAUUGUGCAAAACGUGCAGGAGCAUGUCAAGCGACAACAACAGGAUGAAACUGAACACAUUAAAAUCCGGGAUGAGGAUAGCAUGGACAACUAUCUAAAGCAGCUCAGCUUGGACGCUUCUGCCGCUGAUCUGGGAUGUGGCGUUAAGUCCACCGACCGUUUUACUACAGGGGAAUUCGGAGUCGCUCUGAAAAAGCCGCCCAUCGACAUAUUUCUAUAUUUCAUGUCAGAGGGAAGAGAUUUGUUUUCAAAUCAACUGAAUGCUAAUGAUUCGCAUAAGCGUCUCUUGCAGUAUGUGGCAAUUAUUAAAUCCCUGUGUCAAUUGGAGCUAGGAGGCUUCGAUGAGCAAUUCUUGCGCGAAUUUACCCAACAGACCGUGCUAAUGGAUAUGUUCAAGCGCUAUAUACUACGGCUUUUAACGAAGUCCCCGAAAGCCAAAUGGGAUCCUGACUGUGAGCCGUUGUUAAAGGACAUGAAAUGGCUAAUGAUACGUGCCCAUAAGUUGGGAGUACUUCAUAACUACGACGUAGUGGAUUUAUUCAAAAAGCUAAUUGCGGAGUGUGCCAUACCCCAGGACUUCAAGAAUGAUUUUGCAAGUCAAUUAAACAUAUUUGAUAUUGUUAUCGGCAAUGCCAAAGAUGAUAUUUAUCCUACACUAGAAAAAUUACUAUGCUCCACUGUUGCUGUCGAAAAAGGGAGAGUAAAUUGUGAUCCAAGUCCAAAUGAUGUGCACGAGUAUAUAAAUAAUCAACGAAAGACUUUAUGCGACGAUUUUACAAUACCUUUAUGGGAAUUUGUCCAACGGUUGAGAGCCAAAAGUGAUCUCAAUGCCCUAGAACAGCAGGGCCUCGUUUGGAACACUCGUCUGAAAGAAAAUACAGAAUUUGCUAAGGCUUUGCGUCAUAGUUUGAUAUUCGUCGAUCUUAGACCCAAUGAGAGUGAGAAAUCAAAGAAAUUAACAAAAAUAGAACGUGAGUUUGUUAAUAAUACAAAAACAGGAUCCCUGCUUUGCUUUACCACUGGCUUUGAGUUUGAAAAUCUACUGCUGGCCACUGUUACCUACACAGAUCCGGAACAGCUAAAACAAGGCUAUCUAAGUGUGGAGAUAAUCAAACAACAUAAUAUUGGAAAUAUAUAUGGCAAGCAGCUGUAUAUGUUUCAAACUCCGGUGUUUUUCGAGCCCUACUUGCGGGUUCAUAAUUAUCUUAGCACGUGUAGUGCUGAUAACUUUCCCAUGCGUCGGUAUAUUGUGGAUGGAGUGUUGGAGACUCAAUCCCCCGCUUACCUUAAGGGCCAAUCCUUAAAGGUGAAUAGCAAACUAUCCAAGGAACUGCCUCUUAAUGAAAUGCAACAAAAAGCAAUUCAAUCAGUACUUACCAAUGAGUUUUGUUUAAUCCAGGGCCCACCUGGAACUGGUAAAACCCAUGUUUCUGUUCAACUAGUCAAAACGCUCAUUCAGAAUUCCAAGCAGCUAAAAACUGGUCCAAUAAUAGUGCUGACUUACACCAAUGAAUCGCUGGACAAGUUUUUAAUAAAUGUAGCCAAAUAUACUGAGGAAAUAAUCCGCUUUGGCAGCCAGUCACGGGAUCCGGCAAUAGCCAAAUUUAAUGUGCGCACCAUGGUGGAUCCAGAAGUGGUGCCACCGCGGUUGAAGCAUGUUUGGUGGCUCAUUAGCUGUGAAUAUAAGGAACAGUUCGAGCAUCUGCAAAAGUUGCACAAUAAUUUCGAUGGCAGCGAGCCGAGCUAUCAAAAAAUUUUAAGCGAACAGCUAAAGUUGCAGCAGUUGUCCGAGAAAUUGAACACUCUGCAGGUAAUCUUUCAGUACUAUUUGGCCCGAGGCAAAGAUCUGCUGGCCAUGACCACAACGUGUGCUGCGCGUUUGAAUUUCUUAUUCCGCUUACUUCAAUCCAAAUGCGUAUUGUUCGAAGAAGCUGCCGAAAUACAAGAGCCUCACAUCUUGGCCUGUCUCACACCAUUUACCGAGCAUGUCAUUCAAAUCGGAGAUCACAAGCAGCUGCAACCUUUCACUGGCUCUAAUAAUCAUCAACAAAUCUCCAUGUUUGAGCGGCUUAUAAAGGGCGGGUUUCCGGCAACUGUGCUCAACAUGCAAUAUCGAAUGCGUCCGAAUAUUGCCCAACUAUUGGUACCCAGUUUCUAUGAUGAGCUCCUUAAUGCAGCUAAUGUGGAGGCAUACGAGGAGAUUAGUUGCCUGACUAAAAAUCUGUUUUUUGUGCAGCAUAACCAACCCGAACACCAAUUGUCCGACAUGUCUAUUGAGAAUGAGUAUGAGGCCACAGAGUUGGUCAAACUAACCGAGUUUUUAAUUAAAAAUGGUAAAUAUAAGCCCAUCGAUAUAGUCAUCCUUUCGCCUUACAAUGCCCAAGUAGACCGCAUCAAGAGAACUCUGCCUACAUCUCUUCGAUCAGAAAUUAAAGUCACCAGCGUGGACAGCUACCAAGGCCUAGAAUGCAACAUUGUGCUGUUGUCAUUGGUGCGCAGUAAUUCCAAGGGACAGAUAGGUUUCUUGCGCCAGCCGAAUCGUGUAUGUGUUGCUCUAUCCAGAGCACGAAGGGGCCUCUAUAUAGUCGGAGAUAUAGAAACACUGCAGCGAGGCAAUCGUGAACUCUGGGGAAGAAUUUGCCAGCAACUAAACGAAGACAAUGCAAUUGGUGAAAAGUUCCCUUGGCAAACAAACUUUGAAAAUGUAAAACUAUAGAUUACACUGUGGUUUCUUUAUACUUCUUGUUUUUUAUUUAUAUAGAGAUGAGUUCGCUAAACGAAGAUUGCUUGCUAUGUACGUGCACGCCUCGUAUGAUCAGAUCAAUUGGUUUUUUGAUGCAAAUAAAACGUUUUUUACACUGAA